ACAUCUUUGGGAGACGCCUUCCUUCCGAUUUCCAGAGCCAUACUUCUGUUUUCUCCAUUUUUCUGCUUUGUUUUGCUCUUACAAUGGUGUCAAAGUGUUAAUCUUUUCUCUUAUUUUCAUCUGGGGUCUUUGCAUUUUAGCUCUUUUUUUCCGGGAAUCGUUUGUUUUUGAGGUCGUUUUAAACAGGGUGGAAUAGCAAUGGCGCCACCUUUCGAUUGGUGGGCGAAGGAGAGCCACAGAGGGACACCGGUGGUGGUCAAGAUGGAGAACCCCAACUGGUCAAUGGUCGAGCUUGAGGGUCCUUCUGAUGAGGAUUUCCUCAUCGGAGGCUCGCCGGUUCGUCAGAGGGACAAAGCGCGUGGGAAGAACGCGAGGCAGCUCACUUGGGUCCUUCUCUUGAAAGCCCACCGUGCCGCCGGUUGCCUCACCUACAUUGGCUCUGCAUUGAUUGGGCUCGGCUCCGCCAUUCGCCGCCGCCUAGCCGCCGGGAAAACCGACACUGAUAUCGACUUGGACGCUGACACAGACACUAGCAGCAUGGGAAAUGAAAACCCGACUGUUAAAACCAGGUUCUAUAAUUGCAUCAGGGUGUUCCUCUGGCUGUCUCUGUUUUUACUGUGUUUUGAGAUAGCUGCAUAUUUCAAGGGUUGGCACUUCGGGGCGCCGAAUCUGCAACUUCAAUAUAUUUUCACGACUCCGUUCGCCGUUAAGGAUGUGUUUGAUUGGUUUUAUACAAACUGGGUUUUGAUUCGGGUGGAGUAUCUUGCUCCUCCUCUUCAGUUCCUGGCAAAUGUCUGCAUUUUGCUGUUUCUUAUCCAGAGCAUGGAUAGAUUAAUCCUCUGUUUGGGCUGUUUCUGGAUCCGGUUCAAAAAGAUCAAACCCAUCCCCAAGAAAGAUGCAGUUCCAGAUGUUGAAUCCGGGGAAGAAGGGUUUUAUCCUAUGGUUCUCGUUCAGAUCCCCAUGUGUAAUGAACGAGAGGUUUAUCAACAGUCCAUAGGUGCGGUGUGCAAUUUGGACUGGCCAAAGUCGAAGAUUUUAAUCCAAGUUCUCGAUGAUUCCGAUGACCCCAUGACACAAUUGCUGAUAAAAGAAGAGGUGCAGAAAUGGGAGCAAGAAGGAGCCAACAUCGUGUAUAGACACCGCGUAAUUAGGGAUGGUUAUAAGGCUGGAAAUCUUAAGUCUGCAAUGAAUUGUAGCUCUGUUAAGGACUACGAAUUUGUUACCAUUUUCGAUGCUGAUUUUCAGCCCACCCCUGAUUUUCUCAAGAGAACUGUGCCCCAUUUCAAGGAUAAUGAGGAACUUGGCCUCGUUCAGGCUAGGUGGUCUUUUGUGAAUAAGGAUGAGAAUUUGCUAACAAGAUUGCAAAACAUCAAUUUGUCGUUUCACUUUGAGGUAGAGCAACAAGUGAAUGGUGUUUUCAUUAAUUUCUUCGGGUUCAAUGGAACUGCUGGUGUGUGGAGGAUCAAGGCAUUAGAGGAUGCUGGUGGGUGGUUGGAGAGGACCACUGUAGAGGAUAUGGAUAUUGCGGUCCGUGCCCACCUUAAAGGCUGGAAAUUUAUUUUCCUUAAUGACGUUGAGUGCCAGUGUGAAUUACCUGAGUCAUAUGAAGCUUAUAGAAAGCAACAGCACAGGUGGCAUUCUGGACCUAUGCAGUUGUUCCGCCUCUGCUUACCAGAUAUCGUCCGUGCAAAGAUUAGUGUAUGGAAGAAAUUCAAUUUGAUCUUUCUGUUCUUUCUCCUCCGAAAGUUGAUAUUACCCUUUUAUUCAUUCACUCUCUUCUGCAUAAUUCUCCCAAUGACCAUGUUUGUUCCGGAGGCUGAGCUCCCAGCUUGGGUUGUCUGUUACAUUCCUGCUACCAUGUCCUUUCUCAACAUCCUCCCAGCCCCUAAAUCCUUCCCCUUCAUUGUUCCUUACCUUCUCUUUGAGAAUACCAUGUCAGUGACUAAGUUCAAUGCGAUGAUCUCUGGUCUUUUCCAGCUAGGUAGUGCAUAUGAGUGGGUGGUUACUAAAAAAUCAGGGCGAUCCUCGGAGGGAGACCUUGUCUCUUUAGUUGAGAAAGAGCAAAAGCAUCAUCACAGUGUUUCAGCUCCCAAUCUAGAAGAAAUGAAGGUAGAGAUUCAGCAGCAGGAACAAAAGGCUCGCAAAAAGAAGAAGCAUAAUAGGAUAUAUAUGAAAGAAUUAGCACUUGCUUUCCUUCUUUUAACCGCUUCAGCCAGGAGUCUCCUGUCUGCUCAGGGUAUCCAUUUCUACUUCUUGCUAUUCCAGGGGAUAUCAUUUCUCCUAGUUGGUCUAGACUUGAUUGGCGAGCAGGUUGUGUAAAUUACAAUUCAGAGACUCCAUGGAGAAGUAUGGAUUGUAUUAGCUGAUUAUGGGUGGAAAUUGAACCCAAGUAUCACAGCAAAGAGCUAUUGUGGGGAAUCUGUUAGUGACUGGAAGUGCUGCAAUCUUCCUUGUCCUCCAUUGGCUAUAUACUCAGCUCCAGUUCCACACCCAUUACAAGAAGAAAUUUGUUUUAUGAUCACAGAAGAAUGAGCAUGAUUUUGGGAGGAAUUGAUACAUGAAGACGGUGAUGGUCUUCGGUAUAUUUGAGGUUCCCUUUACCCCUUUUUUUUCCUUUCUUUGAUUCAUUUGUUUUUGAGGUCAAUUCUUUUGUGAGGAGAAGGGAAACUGUGUUUCCAAACAUCAAAACAGGAAGGAAUUUAGUUACAGUUUUUAAGGCAGGAUUGUAGGAUAGUGAUGCCUUCUCCUUUUCAACUAAAUUUUAUGCAAGAUUUGUGAAUUUAAUUGCUCCAUGUUCAUGCAGUGGCAAAAAAGGAACUAAUUUCUGGUAAAUUCGGCCUUCACAUGUACACAAUAUGGUAAAUUGCUAUAGUCUAUCUUUAAUGUACCUUUACCCAAGCCCCGGAAAAGUCAUUUUCU